AUGCCUCAAAAGCGCAAGCGACCAGACCAAGAUCCCUCUGAACAAGAAUUGUUGCCUGCAUCCGCACUCAAAUCAACAUCUUCUGACUCUCAAUCAAAAUCCACCGGCGCGCGUCGGGCGACGCGUCAAACCCCAGUAAUUCCACCAACACCAGUGACGCAACUACAACCUCAACCACGCACGGAAACGGCGGUGCCGCCUCCUAUAAUACCUACACUAUCAUCAGCUUCUUCGAAACCGACAACCUCCCCAGAGCAGAAGCGGAGUCGUGCCUCCAACGGCCGUCCCCAACUACCUUCAUCACAACCCACGACGCAAAGUCAACACCCCCCUUCUGUGCUGCGAUGGGCUCCGCUUGAACAGCCUGGCCCAGCAGUAAGGCCUCCCCCUCAUCAUCUCCAUCCAACAACGAUGGCAGCCAUGCCCCCACCUCGGCCGAUUGCCGCUGGUCGUCCACCAUCAGACUUGGUUGCGCCUGAGAUCACCUAUCAUGUGCCCCAGUCGCAUACAAACUCAUUCCAGCGGACCUCAGCUCUUGUCCGACCUCAUGGCCCUACGGCACAACCACCACGUAUACUCGAACGACCGCCGCCUCCGACAGUCACGCCAGUUCACCCUCCGAAGCCUCCUGUCCCACCCUCUGUACGGCCGCCUCUUCGAGCUGAUCGCAACAUUGAUAAAGUCGUGUUGGGUAAUAUGUGCUUCAGUACGUGGUAUCCUAGCUACUAUGGAAAAGAAGUGCUUGGGGAAUCAUCAGGCAAUCUAGGCAAAAUAGGCAGCAAGGACCUGGGGGCCAAAGAUCAAGCUACAGGUGGUAAAUCAUCAUCCCGGCGGGAUCGCGAACAUCACCCAGUAGUUGAUCGCCUCUACGUGUGUCCUACCUGCUUCAAGUACUCCAAGGAGUUGGUUGCCUGGUGUCAUCACGUCCAUGUGUGUGAGAGGAAGACUCAGAUGCCUGGUCGGAAGGUAUACACUCAUCCACGGGGGCGCAGAAAGAUUCUUGUUCCCCAUGACAAUAAAACCUCUGGCCCCAAAAGACGGAAAGGAGAAGGAAAUAUUCGGUUAGUAGAGGAGAUCGUCCAGGACGAAGGAGAAUGGAGCGUUUGGGAGGUUGAUGGUGAAAAGGAUGGGCUCUUUUGCCAGAACCUGUCACUCUUCGCAAAGCUCUUCCUCGACAAUAAAUCCGUCUUUUUCGAUGUCACAGGUUUUAACUACUUCCUACUUGUUUACACACCUCCGAGUCGAUCUUCGCAGACUGCAACCGAGCACGAGCCCGAGCCCCCUUCGCCUCGAAUCACGGGAUUCUUUUCGAAGGAGAAAAUGUCAUGGGAUAAUAACAACCUCGCUUGUAUCCUCAUAUUCCCCCCAUGGCAGCGAAAGGGUCUUGGUGCGUUGCUGAUGGGGGCCUCAUACGAGAUAUCUCGGCGGGAGGGUAUUCUGGGCGGGCCGGAGAAGCCAAUUUCUGAUCUUGGUAAGAAGGGCUACAAACGUUACUGGGCAGGCGAAAUCGCGAGAUGGCUAUUGACUAUCAAUAUGGACUCAAAGACGCCCCAGAAAGAGGUCCUUGUGGAUCUCAGCGACUGCAGUAAGGCAACCUGGAUUCUUCCCGAAGAUUGCCUCCAGGUGUUGCGAGAUAUGGGUGUUGUCGAAGAGGCCGGUUUGGGUCCAAGGAAGCCUGAGGAAAAGCCUGUCCGCGAAGCCGAGGCCGAGGAGAAGAAAGGCGAAGACACAACAAGGACAUCGCCCACUGCUGACGGAGGCGCUAAAGAAGAGACUGUGCCAGUUGUCAAGAUGGUGCCGCGGAUACGGAUAGACAAGCAGGCGGUCCGUCGAUAUGUGGCCGAGAAUCGUAUAAGCCUGGAGCGGAUGUGUGAUCCUGCUGGGUUUGUCGAGGGCUACGCGAUCAAGGCACCCGAGGUAGUGGAAGAAGAGGUGGUCGAGGCGGAGGAGUGA